AUGUCCCUUCAGACAGAGGAGGGUGCCUUGAGCGGACAGCUCGGCGGCAGUGUUCAGCCGCGGCAGAUAGCAGGGACGCUGAUAUCUGCACUUACAGAUCCAGACACUGGGGUUGCAGCUGAAGCCUCCUCCACCUUAACGCGCUCUGCGGCACAACCCGAUGGGUACGAGCUGCUGGUGGGUGAAGGUGGCCGGCAGGAGCUGCAGCGGGUGCUGGGCUCUUCAGAUCCCUCCAUCCGCAUGCGAGGCCUCUCCUUGCUGGCCUCGCUUGCGUCGGUGGCACAGGACAACAUUCGCGCACUGCAUGACUCAGGCCUGCUUCAACCGCUGCAGGCAGAACUGUCCAACACCACGGACAUACUGACCUGCAGCGCCGCUCUGGCGCUAGUGGGGGAACUGAGCGAAGCCAGCAGCAGCGCCUCUUCUGCUCUCAUGGCCCUUCUGGAGCCACAGCUCAGCGCCCUGCAGCACAACUCCGACCCCUUCCUGCGCAGCCAGGCCCUCAAGGCAAUCCAUUGUUUACCCUCUCUUGUCUCGGCAACGCUCUUGGCCUCGUCCGCGCAGCAGCCGACGGGCGCUGUCGCCAACGGCCAUGCCGGCGCCGAUGCAGGGCCGCCGCCGCUGCUGCAGUCUCUGGCAGAGCUGCUGGACCCUGACUCGCUCGCAGAGCCGAGCGCUGAUCUGGUUGAGGCGGCUCUCGAUGCCGUCAGCCGGCUGGGCGCAAGCCCCAGCGGUGCAGAGCUGUUCUUCGCUGACGCCCAUGGGCUGCCGGCCCAUGUCGCCACCCUGGCCCUUGGCAGAGCAGGCGGCACACAGAUCCGCACUGCAGCGCUGCAUGCGCUAGGGAUUGUGGCCGGGGCGCACCGCGCAGAUCAUGCCAUGUCAGCGCCGGCAGAGGACACCUUCCGCCAGGUCACCUUCACUGCAGCCGCGGGGCCCUCCGGCUUCCAGGCACCUGCCGAGCUGCUGCUGGGCUUCCUGCGGCAGCCCUUUGCAGACCUGCGCACCGGAGCAUACAGGCUCCUGAGGGCGCUCGCACAGAGGACAUGGGGCGCCGCAGAGGUCUGUCGCAAUGCACAACUGAUGGAGCGGCUGGGGGAUCCGCGGAGCGAGACUACUGCGCAAGAGUGGCGCUUUGCUAUCGUGCAGGCCCUGGCGAAGACUGUGCGUGAAGCAACAGGGGCGGAGCUGGCAAAUGGGGCGUCGCAGCAGAGGGACGCUCUGCGGGCGGCUGCUCCGCAGGUGGACAGAGCUGUUCAGCAGGGCCUGUAUGGCCGUGGCGCAGCAACGCACAGGCCUCCAGAUGUCGCGAUGAUGAGCACUUGAAUGAUGCAAUGGGGUUUUUGGCAGGUUUCAAGGAAAAAGGAUUCCACAACAAACGUUUGGAUCUAGGGUGGACAUGAGUGCAUGUUUGAACAGACCGUGUGACCAGCUGCCAAUAUUCUGUACAGACAUGUUGAUGCGCAGUUGUGAUCAAGAUGAUGUGGGCCCGGGGCCAGGAUGCAUUGCUGGCGUGCCUGUGCUGCCUCUGAAUUUCUCGACACCUUUGACUAGUCACUGGCAGCUAUUUUGUAGCACCCGCACCCGUUGGCCAUGGCUGCGGUAAACAACUAGUACU